AUGUCCGGUGAUCACCGGACAUUCAGCUUCAAUCGAGGGGAUGACAAUCCACUAGGAGCCCAUCAAGAAGAUAUUUCGCCCAUCCGCUCCUCAGGAGAAGCAGGACAUCAUAACCAGGACGGUGAUAUCUCCCCUAUGUCAGCUCGGGGCCAAAGCCUUGUUCAAGACGGCGACCGAGGCCUUGCAUCAGUGCCCGAGCACGGUCAGGGCCUGGCACAUACAAACUCAAUGCGAACCCGUUCAACUGCUACCCCGGGAAUGGACAAUCUAGGCCCCUCCGCCGUGGGCGGUGGUAUCAGCGGUAUCGCCCUUGGCGUGGCCAACACCCAUGACCGUCAGAGUGGAGUUGACGCUUUUAGGGAUACAGACGGACCGCCGGCGCAAAAUAUACCAACAGAGCGGGGGUAUCAUACGACUGGCUCGGACAACCCUUACGUCCCAGCAUCCCCAGAAAGGGGCGCUAACGGAAGCUCAGAUAAUCUGCGAUCUCGUGAUUCCUACGGCUCCAACGUCGCCUUGGGUGCUGCCGCCGCCUCCGCCGGCCAGUUGACACUCGGUGCCUCAAAUCCAUCCCAGCGCAGUCUAUUCGACAAUCCUUACCAAGGCGUCGGUGCUUUGAACGAGGGGCCAUAUCAACGACAAUCCGUCUAUAGCCAUGAUUACCCACUUGUGAUAAACCCCGAUGAGAUCCUGGACGAUGGAGAUGAUGGUUUUAUUCCCCCGAAUACCGGGUCCGCCGGUCACAAAGCCCAGGCUGUCCCUGCUACCACAGCCGGCGCUGCCGCAGGUGGAGUCCUAGGUGGCCUUGGAGCACUAUUCAAAGGGAAAAAGGAGAGCAAUCCAUCCUACGGGCCGGUUCCGGGGGCAGGGCUGGAGGCUGGAGACAAAAGUCAGUGGGUCAAACCAAAGCCUGACGGAGGUAGUCGAAAACGAGGAUGGAUAAUCGGGCUUCUCUUGGCGUUCAUCGUUGUCGGCGCAAUUGUGGGAGGUGCUGUUGGUGGGACAUUAGGGAGCCGGUCGAAUAAGAAAGAUGGGGCCUCAUCAUCAUCUUCCGAUUCCUCCCCGAAGUCAGCGUCCGGCGAUACCAAAGCCAAUGGUGACCUCGGUAAGGAUUCGGAUGAAAUCAAAGAUUUGAUGAAUAAUCCCAACCUGCACAAAGUAUUCCCUGGUGUCGAUUAUACCCCGUGGGGAGUCCAAUAUCCGCUCUGCCACAAGUACCCUCCGUCGCAAAACAACGUCACUCGUGACAUGGCCGUGAUCUCGCAGUUGACCAACACCGUUCGCCUUUAUGGCACCGAUUGCAACCAGACUGAGAUGGUUCUGCAUGCCAUUGACCGAUUGGAGCUAAAGAGCAUAAAACUUUGGCUAGGAGUUUGGAUAGACACCAACGAGACCACCUCCAAACGACAGGUCGACCAGCUGUACCAGAUCCUUGACAAUACGAAAGACCAUUCUAUCUUCAAAGGAGCUAUUAUCGGCAACGAAGCUCUGUUCCGGGCAGGCGACAACAUCGCGAGCGCGCAAAAGACACUGAUCAGCUACAUGGACGGCGUGAGAGACCACUUCAAGAAAAAUAACAUCGACCUGCCGAUAGCGACAUCUGACCUGGGUGACAACUGGAACGCAGAGCUGGUCAAGGCUUCAGACGCAGUAAUGUCCAACGUGCACCCGUUUUUCGCGGGCGUUAAAGUUCAGGAAGCUGCUAGCUGGACCUGGAACUUCUGGCAAGAGAAGGAUGUAACACUGACCAAGGGCACAAACAAAAAACAAAUCAUCUCGGAGGUGGGAUGGCCCAGUGGAGGAGGAAAUGACUGCGGAAAAGGUGCAAGCAAUUGCCAGAGCAAAACUCAAGGAGCUGUGGCAGGAGUUGAUGAAAUGAACCAAUUCAUGUCUGACUGGGUGUGCCAGGCCCUAGCAAAUGGCACUGAAUACUUUUGGUUCGAGGCGUUCGAUGAGCCCUGGAAGGUGCAGUUCAACACCAAGGACGAGCAAUGGGAAGAUAAAUGGGGUCUUAUGGACCCUGGGCGCAAACUCAAGCCGGGUAUCAAGAUUCCGGACUGCAACGGCAAAGAGGCAUCGUAA